AUGUACUUCUUCCUGCUCAACCUCGCCCUCCUCAACCUGGGGUCCAUCUCCACCAUUCUCCCCAAGUCCAUGGCAAAUUCCCUCUGGGAUUCCAGGGCCAUCUCAUACUUGGGAUGUGCGACACAGCUCUUUUUGUUUCUCUUCUUAAUCACAGCAGAAUAUUGUCUACCCACCGUCAUGUCAUGUGACCGCUACGUUGCCAUCUGCAAACCCCUGCCCUACGGGACCCUCCUGGGCAGCAGAGCUUGUGUCCACAUGGCAGCAGCUGCCUGGGCCACUGGGUUUCUCCAUGCUCUGCUGCACACGGCCAAUACAUUUUCACUGCCGCUGUGCAAGGGCAAUGCCCUGGGCCAGUUCUUCUGUGAAAUCCCCCAGAUCCUCAAGCUCUCCUGCUCACACUCUUACCUCAGGGAACUUGGGUUUCUUAUUGUCAGUGUCUGUUUAGGAUUUGGCUUUUUUGUUUUCAUUGUGGUGUCCUAUGUGCAGAUCUUGAGGGCAGUGCUGAGGAUCCCCUCUGAGCAGGAUGGGCACAAAGCCUUUUCCACCUGCCUCCCUCACCUGGCCGUGGACUCUCUGUUCAUCAGCACUGUCAUGUUUGCCAACCUGAAGCCACCCUCCAUCUCUUCUCCAUCCCUUGACCUGGUGGUGUCUGUUCUGUACUCGGUGGUUCCUCCAGCAAUUGUGAUCUCAAAAGUGCCCUAG